UUUAGAGCUAUCUGGCUGUCACCUGGGCUUCUACUAUAGACAUCCUGGUUUCAAAUCAGUUCUCUUUUUAUUUUCUUUAUUUAGGUUUCUACAUUGUUAGGGAGCCCAGCCCUGCCCCUCGAAGUCACCCAGGCGCGCCAAUCCCACUACCGCCAUACCGCCAUGCCGCCUUACAGCAACGCUCAGAAGCAGUCCAUCACUCAGUUCGCCAACCUUACCGAGGCAACCCAUUCAGUUGCUCUUCGGUUUCUCAAAGCGCAUGGAUGGGGUCUCGAAGAAGCUGUUGACGCUUAUUUUCAGAGUUCUCAAGCUUCGGGGAAUACGGCAGCCAUAAAUAAGAUAUUCGACAGCUAUCGAGAUGAUCCACAAGACAACCCUGAUAACAUUGGUAUUGAAGGAGCGAUGAGAUACCUGGGCGAUAUUGGUGUGAAGUUGGAUGAAGUUGCAUGCUUUGGAAUUUUCGAGCUUUUGAAGUCGCCGUCCAUGGGCGAGUUUACGAGACAAGGCUUUCUUGAAGGCUGGAGGAACAUUCGAUGCGAUUCUAUAGCCAAGAUGAUGACCCAUGCCAGUCAACUGCGCGAGCAGAUCCGAACAAACCGAGAUCUUUUCAGGCGAGUAUACCGCUACGCAUUCCCGCUGUGCCGUCUUCAGGGACAGCGGAACCUGCAGUUCGAAAUCGCAGCAGAACAAUGGCGACUCUUCCUCACUUCGGAGAACGGCGGGAUCGAAUGGAACACAUCCACUACACCCUGGUUAGAUUGGUGGAUUGAAUUCCUCGAGGAACGGGGCAAGCGGCCGGUGAACAAGGAUCUGUGGGAACAGGUCGAGGUGUUCAUGCGGAAGACCGACGAGGACGAAGCUUUCUCCUGGUGGAGUGCUGACGGGGCAUGGCCAGGGGCCAUUGAUGACUUUGUGGUGUGGGUGCAGGCGAGAAGAGGAAAGGGUGGAGAGCAAAUGGAUGUCGAGUGAGAUACUCGGUGCCAUGCGUCGGCAGAUACACCUGUUGCUUAACUACUAGCGCUAUUAUUGGCACUGCGUAACUACAGGUUAGUAGACCACAGAUACAGACGAAGUAUUAUUGCUGGGAGAUGAUUACAGAUACUACAGAGUACUGUUCCUGCAAAGAAAACCCCAAUCCGGUCCAAGAGGGAGGUCGAUACGAUGGAAAGAGGAGAGGUUUCGGAAAUUCUCCACUCUUUUCCGCGAUUAGAUAACCUUCCCAGAUAGGAAUACAUGAAGCUAUUCCAAGAUCUAUAUGAGAUAUGCAAAUAAGAUGUAACAGGACUUCAGCAGAUUUCAACCCUAGUAACUAUGCUCCAG